UUAUUUUUUAUACCACUCGUAUGGUUUUAUAAUGAUUUUUAUUUUUAGCGUAGUUAAGCCAUAUGAAAUGACACUUACUCUAAAUAGUUACUUGUAUAUAAUAGCUUUAAGUGUAUUUACUCAGCAUACAUUACAACACUUCAUACCUCCCCCAUCGCCGUGUCUAUUGGCACAAUUCUGUAAUCACACUGGUAUUCCACUCUGUGGCAAACAAAAAGAAGAAAAGCGAAAAUUCAUAGACGAUUGUGACAUGUUCGAAUUUAAUUGUGAUUAUCAUAAAGAAUUCAAAAAAGUUGCUGACGAAUUCUGUGAAAUAAUACCUGAAACUAGCUCAACUUCAAGCACAUACGAUACAACAACGAUGACGUCUCAAAGUUUAACUCCCAUUAAUAGUUCACUUAUAACAGAAAGAAUAUCUAGUACUAUUUCUAGUUCAACCGAAAGCACAACGCCGACCACUAUACCCAGUACAACAGAAAGUAUGUCUAGAACAACCGAAAGCCCAACACCGGCCACUAUUCCCAGUACAACAGAAAGUAUGUCUAGUUCAAUCGAAAGCACAACACCGACCACUAUUCCCAGUACAACAGAAAGUAUGUCUAGUUCAACAGAAAACCCAACAACGACCACUAUUCCCAGUGCAACAGAAAGCAUGGCUAGUUCAACCGACAGCAUAACGCCGACCACUAUUCAUAUUGCAACAGAAAGUACGACUUCUAGCAGAUCUGAAAGUACCACAGUUCAAAACAAUACUGAAGUCAUAUCUGCCACUGUAAUAACAGAAAGUAAUCAAGGCGAUAUGCAAGUGACGGCAAAUUAUACAUGUACAUCAGGUUUGACCACAUUAGCUACAGAAAACUCUUCUGUAGUUACUUCAACAAUACCAGUUUUAACUCAAACUGAAACAUCAUCUGCCCAAGCAAAAACGAAUUCAACAAUCAUGACCACACGUUCUACGUUUUCUGUUACAUGUAAUAUGUAUCCUAAAGACUGCGAGAGACCAGUUACAUGGGAAACAACAUCUAAAGGAGAGACUCGAGAUUUCUAUCAAAUACUCAGAGCUAAAUACGGAAAUCGCGUUAAACUUUUAAGAGCUACUACACACUGGCCAACCGGUGUUGUUUAUAGAUUUAAUGAGGAAAAUUUUCGAUUUGGUCGACAUAAUGAGAGUUAAGGCUUUCUGAAGACGUAAUAGGCCCUUGGACCAUAAUGUAGGUUAAUAGACUGAAGUGCACUACGUACGGUUUGAGCCAAGUUUACAAUUGGGCUUGGCUAACGGCCAGGUUUUAGUGGAACUGACUUUAGGGUUAUUCAUCUGUUUGUGUAUCAAGCGUUCAGACAAAGACGUACUUAGGGGCUGUGACUUUUUUAUCGCGUCUGGCUUCUAUUCUGUUUACGACAUCGUAUCCAAUUAUGGCUUUAUUAGAUCUUAAACUAAAGGUGAUUUGAAGAACUUACAGUUUAACAUUUAAAAACUGCAACAUUUUGAUAAAUUAUUUGAUGGAAUUUAUGACACGUUACAUGGUGCAGAAAUUUGGUUUCAUUUUAAAUAUCUAUAUCUUACCAUUUAAAAUGAAACCAUUAUUCUGUAUACAAGGUUCACCCAAGGAUGGCACAUUGUUUAUUUAUCUGAUGUUAUUUAAAAUAAUGUAUAAUUAUAACCAGUACAUUUUUGUGAUUUACGAUAAGAUUGGAAAAAUAUCAUUAAAUAUGUAAUAUAAACUUCAAAGAAUUAUUUCGUAGUUAAUAGUUACACACGUUUGACGUUCGUUGACCUCGACGUUAAUCGAAUAUUGCAAUGAACUUGGCCCCGAGCGAACGCAAUCGUUAAGUUUCUACGUCUCGGGAACUAUUGAUUUUGUGUCUUUUCGAGUCGCUUUUGGUUUUUGUUAGUGUUAUAUAAUAUAUUAUCGUUUCAAACUAGAAAUACAUUUUGAUGUAUAGAAUAUUUAAUUUUACUCGAUAUAAUUUUUAUAUGUCCACUCAUCGUAAUUCUUUUUACGAUGCCUAUGUUUUACAAAACAUGCCUAUGUUUUUUGUCAAAUUGUCUUCGACUUUAUCAAGUUUUUAUUAAAGUUAUGUAGUAUUGUGCAGAAAUUUAAAUGUUUAGUAAUUAAGCAUUGAGUUUGACUCAUCAACUUAGUGUCAAUUAUAAUAUCAAAGGUAAAAGUCUUAACUAAAACUUGUCAUAGUCAUAAAGUAUACAUUUGCUUAAUGUAAUGUUAUUACUUUGUGUACCCUACAUCAAUAUAAGGUUAAUCUUUUUAAUUACACUUACUGGAUUGCGACAUA